AAAGGCUCCAAAACGAUCAGCUUUCAAGUGCUUCUUAGUGUUGACACCAGUAUUUAAAAACAAAAAGAAGCUACCAGCUGUUUUUAGUAUUCUCAAAAAUGCUAACUCUACUGCUCCUUUUCAUACAGUUUAACUAUUCUGCCGAGCAAAAUCUUGCAGAAUGCGUUCCCCGGUGUGAAAUGAUAAAAAUGACAGAAAGUGUGGUCCCUACUCAAUAUAACCGUUGCAUUUGUGACCUCGUUGUUGAGAACGGGGAGCUGGACGUUCUAAGCAGUCAGGACUUGAAAUGUACCCCAAAUUAUAGAUCUCUCAAAUUUCGAGACAAGGAAACAGGCGCUGUAGUUCUCCACAAAGCAGUCGUUGGAAUUUGCAAUGGGCUCCAUUCUCGAGAACAUGUGAAUCAGUCGGAGUUUGACAAGCAGGAGCAAGAAUUUAGAGUCAACAGAAACUUCCGUGUUGCCGCUGAUGCUUCAUCAACUGGGCCAAGCUACACCCAGAAGCACUCCUGGAUAGACGGUUUCCGGAGCAAUAUCAUGCAGCUUUACAAGAAACCAGACGGUCAUUUACGAUUUGGUUGAUACAUCAAAUUUAUUGAUUUAAUUUACUUAUUGCAAUAUGUUAUUGUGAGAACAAAAGUGAAUGAAGUUGACAAUUAAACUGUU